AUGAAUCACGAAGAGGUGAGCGACGAGUGCCUGCGCAGGGUCGGCUGCGACAUCAGAGAGCUCCAGUUCUUCCGCGUUCCUGGAGUGUUCGUCUCCCCCGAGGAGACCAACAUCGCCAAGAUCCACGCCCUGAUCCUGGGAGCUCCCGGCACGCCCUACGAAGGCGGCUUCUUCCACUUCGUGAUGAAAUGUCCGCCCGACUUCCCCAACAGUCCUCCGCGCGUGCGCCUUAUGACCACGGACGCCGGGCGCGUGAGGUUUGGGCCGAGCUUCCACGAGAACGGCAAGGUGUGCCUGGGCCUCCUGGGCACUUCGGCGGGGCCCACGUGGAGUUCUGGUCAGUGCCUGGGAAGCGUGCUGUUAUCCAUCAAGGCGCUGCUGAGCACGGAAAACCCCGUGGCCCAGGGGUCCACUCUGAGGGUCCUCCCGACGUUGGGCAGUUGUCAGAGCGACAAGCUAUGCUACAAUGCCGUCCUUCAGCACGAGACCAUCAGAGUGGCGGUGUGCAACACGGUCGAAGAGUGUCUGACAGGAGCGUCGGCGUACCCGUCUCCCCUGAGGGAGGUGGUAUUGAAGCACUUCCCGCAGUUCUACGGCGAGUACGAGAGGGCGGCCAAGAAGCAACUUCACUUGAGCGGUACACGCAUGAACGACUCCCAGGAACUGGAUGUCCCCAUGUACCAGUUCGACGCGCUUCUCGAACGGCUCGCGCAGCUGCGCGAGAGGGUCAAGGUGGCGACGGCCGCCGGGAAAUCGAGCAAGUGA